UUACAUAACUCAGGACAGGAUUAUACUAUAGUUACUACAGUUCCAUGUCACCAGAAGGAAAAUGUCUAGUGAUUUUAUACUUAAUAUAGUGUGUAAUAGUAAAUAUGUCCAUACAUGUACAUGCUAAUACUAUAGUUAGUAGCCGAGUUAGUAGCAGUAUCAGUUGCAUAUUACGAUCUGGUGCUGUCUUGCUUCGAUGCACUGUUGACACUAAUGCAAUUAUAGAAAAUCAGGGAAACUCCCUUUACUGCAAACAAAGCACACAAAUCAGCUUACUCAAUGAUAUUCAGUAGUUUUUAUGAAUCUGAGUUGACAGCUUAGCUGUCACCUUAGCCAUUAUUGUUACUAUAAAUAGGAGCAGUCAGCAUUAUGAUGUCAUUCUUUCAGAUUGAUCCUUCAGUACUAGUAAAUCUAAGCUCUAUAAAUAGAGCCAAAGGCUAGCCCUAUCUAUCAGUUACAAAUUGGAAUAAUCUACAAUCUAUAGCUAAUAUCAUAUCUCUUCAUUCUCUUCAACACUAUGAGUGGACAAAAGGACAUUGGUAAAAACACCAUCAUAGUCUGCAUCACUUAUUGGCCAGAGUCUGUCAAAGAUCUCAUCAGCCAGCAGAAGUCCUUACUGAUGACAGCAGGCAAGCUUAAAGACAGUGACAAACCACCUCCAGAGUGGUUUAGUGGAGCUGACUUUGUUGCAAUUCACAAUGACCUAAGAGCUAAUGCCAUGUCAGAUGCAGACAGCUAUCUCAGUGUGAAGCAGGAAGGAUACUGCUUAACUUACUUCCCUACUGAUAAGUCUGAGAUUCAGCCGGUCGUUGAAGUUAGUGUCAAGUUUCAAUCUGGCAAUGAAGAUACCAAUGGGCAAGUUGAGAACCUGAUCAUAGACCGUAUUGGAGACCAUUGGCUCAAUAAAUGCUAUAUUAGAAACACAUCGAAAACGAAAUCAAGCAAUUGAAAGUGACUAACAACACCAUUAAUCCAUUGAACUGUUAAUAUUUUGUCUUCAGUUUCAGUUGAUAGUCCUGUAUCAUAUACUAUACAUAAAUAAUAAUGUUUUUAAUAAUAACUGUGAACAUAUUAAUAAAGUACUAGUGUAUAAGUGAGUGUAGGAGAAGUGUGAAUGCGUGAAUAUUAUUUAAAAUUAUCUAUCAAAUGGUUAUCAGUAAAUCCUAUACCAACUGGCUGUCCUCGAUUGUGUUAGAGUGAGGUAUGUAUACUCUAAACUCGAAGCCAUUCUUAGGAAAAGAGCCUGUAUUGACAACCAUACAAUCGCCCGAAGUCACUGAGAAA